AUGGGUUGUUGCUCUUUUAAAUUGUAUACCGAUGAGAAAGGUAAUAGUAAACAAUAAGUAAGCUAUAAUGGAUCCAGAAAAUGAAAUAAAUGAAGUUGCAGGGGGACUGGAAAUCAAUUAAUAGCCUAAUAAUCAUUCUAAAAUAAUAAUUCAUGACAAAGAGACCAGCUUUAUAAAAUCAAACUCAUUAUCAAAAGAAUAGGGUUAUUCAAAGGAUCUUGAAUAGUAGUAAGUUUAAACUAAACACAAGGAAGGAGAUACAGUAGAAUUUGUAAAAAAAACUAUUAGUGGAACUAUGAAAUUAACUCCUGAAAUGUUGGUGAGAAAGCAAUGUAUAACAGAAAAGUUUUUAGCUCAUUACGAAAUAGUGAAAAAAUUGGGGUAAGGGGGAUUUGGAGAAGUAUAUUUGGUUAAACAUUUAUCAACGGAGAAUCUGAGAGCUGCGAAGGUGGUGGUGAGGAAAACGAUAAAUUGUGAGGAGAAAUUAUUGGAAGAGACAGAAAUCUUAAAGGCCUUGGAUCACCCAAAUAUUGUCAAGGUGUUGGAAAUAUUUGCAGAUUUUAAAUAUUAUUAUAUAGUAACUGAAUAUUGUUAGGGAGGGGAAUUGCUGGAGAGAAUAAAAACCAUAACAAAUUAUAACGAGAAUCUGGCUGCAAAGUACAUGAAGUAAGUGUUUUCAGCCAUUUAGUAUUGUCAUCAGAAAAACAUAGUGCAUCGAGAUUUAAAAGUACCUAAUUUCAAACUAUUUAGCCUGAAAACAUACUGUUUNAUAAGAUCGUAAUAGGAAAAUGUGUUCAAAUCGAAUAAAAAUUUAAUACAUGUUUGAGUUCCUAAGAUUUUUUGUAUGAUAUAUCAUAUCAAAGAGAUAAAUCUCUUAUAAAUGAGCCAUCAUAAACUCCUACUAUUUUCUUUGAUCCGAAAUGUGAGAUAAUUACAGUAAUAAAAUCGAAUCAGUGUAAGCAUUACUAAUAUUAUAAAUUAGAUAAAAUAAUUUGUAACUUGAUUGUUAAAAUUUUAAAGUUUUCGGGUAGUAAUAAAUAAAUAGAAUUAAAUACAAAGAAGAUUAUAUAUUGCUAAGGAUUGGAUGAAUUGAUCAGUACAAUUCAUAGAAAUGAUUUAUAAAGGUAAAAAGUAAAAAAUGAGAAAUUUGACUUUGUCAAAAUUAUUGAAUACAAAGAGCAAUUGAAUAACCUAAAUUAUAAGGCAGUAAAUAAUUUGCUGCUAUUUGGGUGUUGGCAAGUUUGA